UAAGGGACGUGCAGUGGGAGAGGUGCACAGACGGGAGGGGUGGAAUAAUUUGGUGACAGGACCGAGGGAGGGAGUAUAAAAGGUCAGCUUUUUGGGGGGGGGGAGUCAGGCCAAGAAGAAUUUGGUGUAAUCACACAGGAUAUUUUACUGCGCAGCAGAUCAUGGCUGACUUUGACUUGGUUCUGAAGCACUGGGGAUCGGUGGAGGCCGACUACUCUGGCCACGGAAACCUGGUUCUGACUCGUUUAUUCACAGAGCACCCAGAAACCCAGAAGCUCUUCCCCAAGUUUGCCGGCAUCCCUCAGGGGGAGCUGGCUGGUAACGCGGCCCUUUCUGCCCACGGCGCCAUCGUGCUGAAGAAACUGGGCGAACUGCUGAAGGCCAAAGGCAACCACGAGUCCAUCCUCAAGCCUCUGGCCAACUCCCACGCCACCAAGCACAAGAUCCCCAUCAACAACUUCAAGCUAAUCACCGAGGUCAUCGCUAAAGUCAUGGAGGAGAAGGCAGGACUCGAUGCGGCCGGGCAGAAGGCCUUGAGGAAUGUGAUGGCCCUUGUCAUCUCUGACAUGGAGGCCAAUUACAAGGAGCUGGGCUUCACCGGCUGAAGGUCAAGUCUCAUGCGCUGCCAGGGUCCAGUGACCUUGACUCAAGACAGUUCUGCAUGUUAAGUCUUUUAUUUUGAAAAAGAUUUCAGAUUUCUUUAAUCAAAACCUUAAAAGUUAAUUUAGUCUCCAGUGUUACCACCAAUCAUAAGGAACCACAAUGUAUCUCUUACUGUAAUGUUAGAGUGGAUUGCCAUUAGAUCACGUGUUACCUUCUCUGUAAUAAACAUGAUUUUGGUGCCAGUUUAAUCAGAUUUGUUGUUCAGGAUGUCUAACAGGAAUAAAACAUCCACCCACUGUU